AUGGCGCAGUCUCAGAAGAGAACCCCUCCUUCGGUGAUGGAGACCGUCACCGAACAGAUCGGCAACACCCCUCUUGUUCGACUCAACAAGCUCCCUAAGAGCCUGGGUAUAGAGGCAACAGUUUAUGCGAAGCUGGAAUUUUUCAAUGCUGGCGGCAGUGUCAAGGACCGCAUUGCCCUGCGCAUGAUCGAGGAGGCUGAGCGCUCAGGAAGGAUAAAGCCAGGCGACACAUUGAUUGAACCGACCAGUGGCAACACCAUGAACACCCUUGCUGAUGAUACAUUUCCCCUUUUAGGAUACAAAGCAAUCAUUACUUUGCCCGAGAAGAUGUCCGCAGAGAAAGUUGCUGUACUUCGUGCCCUGAAUGCCACCAUCAUCCGUACCCCUAAUGAGGCUGCCUUCGACUCUCCUGAAUCCCAUAUCGGAGUAGCCAAGCGUCUGGAGAAGGAGUUGCCUAAUGCGCACAUCCUGGAUCAGUACGGCAACGAGAAUAACCCUCUUGCACAUGAGUUUGGAACCGCAGAAGAGAUUUGGACUCAGACGGAGGGUAAGGUCAAUGUAGUGAUUGCUGGCGCUGGUACCGGUGGCACAAUCACAGGUAUUGCCCGUGGCCUGAAGAAGCACAAUUCUUCCGUCAAGGUUAUUGCAACUGACCCCCAUGGAUCUAUUCUUGCUGUUCCUGAGCCCCUAAACCAGGAACACCUCAAUGAGCCAUAUAAGGUUGAGGGUAUUGGAUAUGACUUUAUUCCCGAUGUCCUUGACCGGGAAAUUGUUGACAAGUGGUACAAGACUGGAGACAGAGAGUCAUUCAAGUACGCUCGACAGCUCAUUGCUGAGGAAGGCUUACUUGUUGGCGGUAGCAGUGGAAGUGCUAUUGAUGGUCUAGCUCAAGCAGCAAGGGAUGGCCAGAUUGGCAAGGAUGAUGUUGUUGUCGUUGUUCUGCCUGAUAGCAUCCGAAGCUACUUGACCAAGUUUGCUGACGAUGACUGGCUCGCAGCCAACGACCUGCUGCCUGCCACUGCAGAAGUGCCACAAUCACCACAACUACCUCCCCAGGGAUCAACGGACCAGUUCGGUGGCGCUAAGGUUAAGGCUCUUCGUCUCAAGCCUGUCACCACUGUGUCUGCUAACUCACCCUGUUCCACUGCCAUCGAGACCAUGAGAGAUAAGGGCUUUGAUCAGCUCCCAGUCCUGGCGGCUCAAAGCCGAAAGCUAGUCGGUCUUAUAACUCUCGGAAACACCCUCAGCUGGAUUUCACGCGGCCGGGCUACCGGCAACACCCCCGUCUCAGAUGUCAUGUUUGACUUCUCUAAGAUCUCCGAGAUCAUUACUGACCCUCGAAAUCUGGCCAAAUCUCCCAAGGCCACUGACGACGACAUUGGCAAACGCAAAGAAUUCGUCGAAAUCACCAUGGAUACUCCCCUGAGCGUCCUCAACCGUUUCUUUGAAUGGAAUAGCGCUGCCGUUGUGACCGAAAAGGACGAAUCUGGCCACAUGAAACCACUCGCUGUCGCAACCAAGGUCGACCUUCUGACUUGGCUCCUGCAGCAGAACAAGCUAAGCUAG